CUACUAUAUAACAAAUAAUUAGAGCGGCUGAGAUGUACUGGUACCUAUCAUCAAUGGUACGGUCGGACGUCACAGAGGAAUCACGUGAUUCAAUAGGAGCUAAAUGUGGUGGAAUUGUUGUGAUGUUCUUAUUACCGUUUCUGUUUGGGCUAGCUCCAAUCAAAGCAGCGAAACUAAAAAACGCAGCUAGAUAUACGAAUAUUGCAAGUUGUUUCGGAGGGGGUGUUUUCUUCGGAACCUGCUUCAUGCACUUGAUACCUGAGGUAGCAAUAGAGAUAAACAUAUGGCGGGACACCAGCGACAACAAGUUUCUGAAAUCUCUACCAAUAGCAGAGAUAUUGGAAUGUGUUGGUUUUGUAGCCAUACUUCUGGUGGAGAGCAUUGCUCAUGGGAUGCAUCCUAAAGUGCAGCCUGCUCCGGAGAAAGACUCUGGAAGAGUAGAAGAAGUAUCACCAAAAGCAAAUGAUACUGCUGAAGCAAAUGUAGAAUUAGAACAGCCUAAAUUAGCGUUGAAAGAAACGUUGGAGCAGCCCAAGAAGCAAAAAGUAGGAGUACUGAUAUUUGCUUUAGCGGUGCAUUCUGUGUUUGAAGGACUUGCAAUUGGUGUGGAAUCCAAGACUUCGGUCUUUCUUCAACUUGCUGGAGCAAUACUAAUACACAAAUGCGUGGUGGCGUUUGCUGUGGGAACAAAGCUGUUAGAUGCUGGAUUGAAGUUGAAGGGGAUAAUGAUAAGCUUGUCUAUAUUUUGUGUAGCUACCCCUAUAGGCAUUGCUCUUGCCAUUGGACUGUUGGAGCUUCUUGCUGUGACCUCGGGUUCCCGGACUACUAUUUCUCUUGUGUCAGGUUUGAUACAGGGUCUGAGUACAGGUUUCUUCCUUUAUAUCACAUUUGUUGAGAUGAUCUGCGAUGAGAUCAGGGAUGGCAAAGAUAUGAUGCUGAAGACACUGUUUUUAUCGCUCGGUUUGCUGAUAAUUGGUAUCUCAACCGUGGUACACAACUACAGUGAUCAACUCGCACUUGCUGAUUGAACCUUUCUACAGUUCCUACCUCAUCUCAUCCUUCCCUCACACCUCGUCCUAUCUGACAUUAACCUACACUAUAACACUCUUACACUACACUACCUCACCAUCAAGGUGCACUUUACUCUCAACCUGCUGCCUCUUCACACCUCUGGCCAUUAAUACCUAGCCUCUAAUGGCUGAUCUACCUAGAAAGCACCAGACUUAAGAAGUUGUUAAAUCGGACCAGAAGUAGGACCACCAGAGCAGAUAACGAUAUUUCACCCUCUUAUCCUCAUUAGACUUUGUCAUUGAAAAUAACCCAAUCUUGAUGUGAAACGACUCCUGCGAUUUAAUUAAUUGUGAUUUAUCGGAGGGUACACUUUCAAUGAUACUAAUAACUAGAGGUUUCGAUGCAAAAUUAGAGGAGUUUUUCCAAUUACAAAUUACAGUAAAACCCCGAUUUACCGCAGCCAUUCCCUUUCCACCAAAUAGGGCUUAACAUACACAUAGUGUAUUUGUAAACAAUCGAAAAACCGAUUUAACGCAAACUCCGACUUACCGCAAAUCCCGAUUUACCGCAAACCCCGAUUUACCGCGCGGCCUUUUCCUUUCUCUCAAACUGCACGAUAAAUUGAGGUAUUACUGUAUCGAAAAUAUGCUUUCAAAUUGAUCUGCGUAUAGAGAUUUAUUUAUUGUUAAUUAAAUCCCUCCUUGCACUCGUGCUACUUUUAAUUUUUAUCGUUACAUUAUUAUUUAGUUUAGCUUUAGUGGCAGAAAUAUUUAUUGAACUGAUUUUCUGAUUUUAUUAGUAAUAACCUCAAAUAAACUUAGUAUAACUGUAUUAAUUUAAUGGGCUUAAACGUAUAGAUGCAAAUUCUGGUGAGGAGUUGAGCUGAGGCAUAUGUUUUGACACGUGACAUUAAUGAUAAAUCAAUCAGCUUUCAAUAUUGACUAAUAAACCCCAGAAUCACGACUGUCACGUGUCAAAAAAAAGUAUGCUUCACCUCCCAACCAGAAACCACAAAAAAUGACUGUAGUCUUUUUACUUUUAAUGGGAUUCAUUGAUUUGUAUGAUGGUGCUGACUGGUCGAAUUCCUUGCGCAAUUUUUCGAAUUAAUCGACAAAUGUCAUAUUUGAAAAUGUCGACCUUAUAAUUCCUUGUUUUACUUUAAAGUUUUAAUAUUCCGGUUAAUUAGUAAUUAGCUAGAGCAAAUAGUGAUAUAUUUGAGAUUGCAGAAGUGGAGGGUGCCGUCAUCGGGUGGUAUUUUAGCAAGAGAACGUGACCCGAAUUGACGGGCUUGACCCAAAGGCCGGAUGUCAUUAUUUGAGUAAAGCGAGUUGUUCAAUAAAUUGUCUUUUUGUACAUUGUAUGUCGAGUAAAGUUUCUGUUG